CAUCAACGCAAUGUUGACGCUUGUAGGUUCCAGGUGGAGGCCGUCGUUGAUACGGCGGCAUCGCGUCUUUAGCAACCACGCGGCAGAGUCGCGUUUAGCGAAAUGGGAAGCGGAGAAAGCCAGGCAGGAGCAAGCUGCUGCACAGGCCGUGUCGGUGGAGCUGGUCCUUCCAACGUUGACGGCUCCAUUUGCCGUCACCGCCACAACGCCAUUGCAUGCGAUGGCACAGUACGUCCAACACACGGGGGAGAAGAUAUUCCCUGUGGUUGGCGCGUCCAUCACGACGCGUGAGAAUCCCCAUCAGUCUCAAGUAUGGGACCUCUCCCGCGCCCUCCCUUCCGAUGCCCACCACGUCCGCUUGCAUUCGUUCGACGACGACUCGAUGAAGUCCCUCUUUUGGCAUUCGUCAGCGCACGUGCUCGGCGCGGCACUGGAGGCCAAGUUUGGUGACGACGUACUCCUCACGGACGGCCCCGCGCAGCAAGACGGGUUCUUCUACGAAAUGUACCUAGAAAAGCAGCGCACGCUGUCAGAAGCCGACUUUGCCGACAUCGAAUCGCACAUGACGCGGUUGAUCAAGCAGAAAGCGCCUUUCGAACGCAUGGAAGUGACAAGAGACGUCGCCCGCGAUCUGUUUGCGUACUCCAAGUUCAAAUGCCAGAUGCUCGAUAACAUCCCAUCCACCGAGGCCGUGACGUUAUACCGCUGCGGGACGUUUGUGGAUCUCUGUCGCGGCCCGCACCUCCCUCACACCGGCAUGUUGCAGUCGAUUGCGCUGACGCGAUGUGGGGCGUCCCACUGGACCCACGGACCGGAGCUUCUUCAGCGCAUCUAUGGCAUUUCGUUUCCCGACAAGCCGCGCAUGAAGGAGUGGAAGACGCUGCAGGACGAGGCCAAGAAGCGCGACCACCGCGUGCUGGGCAAAGCCCAAGGAUUGUUUCUGUUUCACCAGUGGAGCCCCGGCAGUUCGUUCAUGUUGCCCCACGGAACGCGCAUUUUCAACAAGCUGAGCGACUUUAUUCGACAAGAGUACCGGCGUCGAGGGUAUGACGAAGUGGUGACCCCGCUCCUGUUCAAGCAGGAGCUGUGGGAGACAUCGGGCCAUUUUGAAAACUACAAGGAAGACAUGUACUUGGUGACCCCCGGCAUGGACCAUCCGCACAUGCAUGACCAUGCAGCCCCUGCCGAUACCCCUACCAACCUAAACUCGGUCGCCGAAGUGUUUGGCCUCAAGCCUAUGAACUGCCCAGGGCAUUGCAUCAUGUUUAAGGAGUCCAAGGUGUACUCGUACCGCGAACUGCCCGUCCGCUUUGCCGACUUUUCGGCCUUGCACCGGAAUGAAGCGUCGGGGGCGCUCACAGGGCUGACGCGCGUGCGUCGGUUCCAUCAAGACGACGCGCACAUUUUCUGUCGCCCAGAUCAAGUGCAAAGUGAAAUUCAGUCGUGCUUGGGCUUUAUCAAGCACGUGUACGGGGUGUUUGGGUUCGAUUUCAAGCUUCGCCUGUCGACGCGCCCAGCAAGUUAUAUGGGCGACAUUGCCCUCUGGGACACGGCCGAAGCCCAACUGCAAACUGCGCUGAAUUCGUUCGACAUGCCGUGGUCGUUGAAUGCUGGGGACGGUGCGUUUUACGGCCCCAAGAUUGACAUUGCCGUGUUUGAUGCACUCAAGCGGGAGCAUCAGUGCGGUACCAUCCAACUGGAUUUCCAAUUGCCCUUGCGGUUUGGUCUGAAAUACGACGGCAACGACGGCAAAGAGCACACGCCGAUCAUCAUCCAUCGCGCCGUGUUGGGGUCUAUCGAGCGUAUGAUGGCGAUUUUGAUUGAACACACGGGCGGCAAGUGGCCGUUGUGGCUUAACCCUCGUCAGGUGGCGGUACUGCCGGUGACGGAUGACCAACUGGACUACGCCAACCAAGUGCAUGCGACGUUGCACAACGACGCCAAGAUGUACGUGGAUGUUCUCAGCGGCGGCAAGACGCUCAACAAACGCAUUCGAGAGGCUCAAGUGGCUGGCUACAACUACAUUCUCGUGGUGGGACGAAACGAAGUCGAGUCGGGUCAAGUUACGGUGCGCACCCGCGACAACGUCGUGCAAGGUGCGACACCGUUGCCGACCUUUGUGGCCCAUGUGCUGCAGGAAGUGGCCACCAUGACAUAGACGAAACAGUGUAAUAACAAGUAAAGAUUUGUGGUUUAUGCAUGCGC